AUGCAACAAGGUAGCCAGUCCAGCAUUCCCCUGCUCUACCCAGGAGAGGUAUUGGAUACCAUUGCCGGUUUCCCGACAAUAUACCAUUAUCAGCCCGCCAGUGACUUGGCUACCCGCGAUCAGCGCAAACCGUUGGUCCUAUGUGUCACUGGAGGCUUGCACUUGGCCCGCGUAUUCUACGGUGGGCAUCGGGGAUCAUCGCCAAGUAAUUUCUUGGCAUAUUGGCUCAACAAGCUCGGCUUUGGGGUCUUGUCGCUGUCUUAUCCGCUCGAAACUGACCCGGAGAUUAUGCCAGUCACAGCCGCAGAGUUUCGGAUCCAAGACUGGGGUCAACAAGCGGCCGUGACGACAGAAAAGAUUAUCAGAGAGAAACGUCUGGGGACAAGGUCAUUGAUCCUGAUAUCGUGGAGCAUGGGCGGUCGGAUGGUCGUGCCAUUCAACAUGGCGGCUAAGGAACUGGGGCUUGAGGUGCUGCAAUUCAUCAGCUUUGCAGCUACGCCGGGAAUCUCAAGUCUUCGUGCUUUUCCCACGGAGCUCACCUGUCGCACCUCGGGAUAUUUCACAGCCUUGUCCCAUCUAGACGUAUUUUACCAACAAGUCAAGGAGAUGGAGGAGUUAAACGAAGAUCGAGAUAUUAUCCCACGAGACAUUUUCCUGCGCGAAUAUGUCGGCGCGACCCCCAUCAACCUGAUCGGCCUCGGCCUGAAAUACGAUGGCAAGGCCAGAUUUGUUCGCGAUGAGGCGACCCACGAGGAAGAUACUCGUGUAAUGGAUUUUGAAAACUUCCCCUUGAUCAGUGCCAUAUACCCUACCAGCAUCUCCGAUGCCAGUCACGCUCUAGCUGACAAGGCCACAUGGGGGUUUCUACUCACCUACAAACUUGAAAGCAUGAUUGGGAACGAUGGGUUGCGCAACUUCCAAGCAGGAACGAAAUGGGAACAGUUUGUGGAACUCGUUCACGGCGCCCCGGAGAGGAUGUGCAUUCCCGUCCCAGGCAAUCACUUCUUCUUUGUUGGCGAGAAAUCCUCCAGGCGGGUAGCAGAAAGAGUGGCGAAACUCAUCACUGAUGCAAAGCGGCUUCAGAACGAAGUAUUCGAGCUUUUGGCGAAGAAACAUUAA